GAUCAGCGUUAUAUAUAGUGUGGGUCACUUUCCGACUGUCUUCCUUUCAGUGAAUUUGGUUUCCUUUUCGCGUGCAGACUGUUUCAAAAGCUUUAAAUUUUAACUAUGACUGAAAUCAUAAAAGGCACUGAGCCUAACGACGGUAGAACGCAGGAUGCGCUUUGGCAGAAGCAACAAAUUAAAUCUUUUACUGCUUGGGUUAAUACCCACUUUAAUAAGCCCGACGAAAUUACCGAUAUUGCUACAGCGUUUAACGAUGGCACUAAAUUAAUGAAACUUGUGGAAAGAAUCUCAGGCGACAAGCUGCCACCUCCAGAGAAGGGCAAGAUGAAACUUCAUAAGAUCCAGAACAUUAAUAAGGCGUUAGAUCAUAUUGCAGCAAAGGGAGUCAAACUUGCUGGCAUUUCUUCUGAAGAAAUUUAUGACUGCAAUUUAAAGAUGAUACUUGGGAUGGUUUGGGUUUUAAUUUUAAACUUCCAGAUCAACGAUAUCUCUGUCGAAGAAAUGUCCGCACGGGACGGACUACUUUUGUGGUGCCAGAAAAAGACAGCCGGUUAUUCCGGUUGCAACGUACAAAAUUUCCAUACCAGCUGGCAAGAUGGCCGCGCGUUUUGUGCAUUAAUCCAUCGUCACCGGCCCGAUCUUCUUGAUUAUAAUAAUCUUCCUUCGAAUUCCAAAGAUCGUCUUAACUUAGCUUUUAAAGUUGCUGAAGAGGACUUAGGAAUUCCGCAAAUGUUGGAUGCGGAGGACAUGGUGAACAGCUCUCGACCCGACGAGCGAUCCGUCAUGACGUACGUGUCUGCCUACUAUCAUUGUUUUGCCGGAUCGAAUCGAGCCGAGGUGGCCUCACGCCGAAUCGAGAAUGUUUUAUCCUUCCAAAAGCAAGUCGUGGAUAUGAUUGAAGAGUAUGAAACGCGCUGUUCUUCUCUACUGAAGUGGAUUGCAGAAAAGCACGAGUUAUUGUCUGGAGUUGACCCGUUUUCCACGAUGGGAGCGUUCAAAGUUAGUUUUCAGGAGUUUAAUAACUUUAAGACCAAUGAAAAGCCAGAGAAGGCCGAAGAGAAAAUCGGCCUCGAAGCGCACUACAGCAAUCUCCAGACGAUGUUACGAAUUAACAAUCGUCCUGCUUACCAUCCUGAAGAGGGAAAGCUCGUUUCUGAUAUACAAAAAGCAUGGAAUGAUUUAUCUAUUGUUGAGAAAAAUAGAAAUACUUUUCUUCAUAAAGAGAAGGACAGACUUGAAAAACUUGAGCGUCUUGCACGUAAGUUUAAAACGAAAAGUUCUAUUCAUUCGAAAUGGGCAAGCGGGAAAAUUGAACAUGUGCAAUCCACAUCUGUCGGGCACGACGUGGGUUCCGUUGUGGAAUUGAUCAAGCAGCUCGACGCCGUUCUUUCUGAUAUCGACGCUCAUUCCGCCCGUGUUACUAACUUGGGAGAAAUUGUUAACGAGCUGGAAGCGGCAGAUUACGAAAAAGUCGAGGACAUAAAAGAAACAUAUGGGAAGAUUCAGGAAGACUGGUCCGAACUUAACGAGGCUGGCUCCAGACGAAAAAAACAACUGGAAGAAGAACUUUUGAAGCAGCAGAGGUUGGACGAGUUGCGCUUAAACUUUGCAAAGUUGGCCGCUUCUAUUAGUUCCUGGACUGAAGCGACUUCCGAAGAACUGAUGGAGGAUAUCACAACUUCCAGCAUGGACGACGUCGCGCAGGAGGAAGCGGCCUUCGAGGAAAUCCAGCGGGACAUCUCAAACAAAAAGUCUAACUUUGAUGAAAUUGCGGCCGUCAGUAAGCAGAUGGAAGAGGCCGGCAUUACUAGCAAUCAGUACACCCCGCACACACGUGAGUCGAUCCAGACCAUGUGGCAAGAGAUUAAAGACGCGGUGGCUGCCCGCCGGGAAAAACUGACCCAAGAAAAAUCCCGCCAGGAAGAUUGCGAGUCUCUUCGCUUGCAAUUUGCGGAACCCGCCAAUAAGCUGGGAAAGCGCAUGGAAGACAUAAGCUCCCGCAUCUCCGUACUUCCCACGGGAUCUCUCGAGGAGCAGCUCUCCGCAGCCAAUGUUUACGCCGAGGAAGUGGCGGAAUGCAAGCCGGAGCUGGACGUUUGCAACGAACUAGACAAGCGACUGCAGGAUGCUAAUAUAUUCCAGAAUGCUUACGCGAUGUACUCCACUUCGGAGCUUGUGCAAAAGUACGAUAAGCUCGCCAGCGCCGUUCGCCGCAAUAUUACGACCAUUCAGAAUCAAAUUCUAAUGCGGGAUAAGUCGGGCAUUUCUGAGGAGCAAAUGAAGGAGUAUAAAGAAGCCUUUAACCAUUUUGACCACGACAAGUCUGGGCGGCUGGGCAAGAACGACUUCCGCUCUGCCAUUCUGGCUGUGGGCUACGAUCUUGGCGAGGGAGACGCCAAAUUUGAGCAGCUUUGGCAAGACAACGGCGAAAAGGACGGCGGAGUGUCCUUCGAGUCCUUCACGGACAUCAUCUCGCGGGAACAGAAGGAUGAAGGUUCGAUGGCGCAGCUGGUCGAGUCCUUCCGCACCCUCGCCGGCGACAAGGACUACAUCACUGAAGCGGAGCUGCGCAGAGACCUUAAAAAAGAGCUGGCAGACUUCGCUUUGACCAAGUUGAAGCCGUAUCCGGGAGUGCAAGACGGCUACGACUACAAGUCCUUCUCCGAAGGCAUCUUCAACUAACAGCGUUUCUCAACUUACAAGCAAUAAA